AGGAACUAAAUGAAGAUUGAACUAAGAACCAAUCAACUUACUGCUGCAACAAUUCUACCCAAUCAGGAUUGGAGCAUCAGUAUAAAUAAAGGUCGAGUCCCCAGCUCCCGAUUCGCUUGUUUUCAAACUCUGAGCUAUGGCUCGCACCAAGCAGACCGCUCGCAAGUCCACUGGCGGCAAAGCGCCGCGCAAGCAAUUGGCCACCAAGGCGGCCCGCAAGAGCGCGCCGGCCACCGGCGGAGUGAAGAAGCCGCAUCGCUACCGGCCAGGCACCGUGGCGCUGCGCGAGAUCCGCCGCUACCAGAAGUCCACCGAACUGCUGAUCCGCAAGCUGCCUUUCCAGCGGUUGGUGCGUGAGAUCGCGCAGGACUUUAAGACCGACCUGCGCUUUCAGAGCUCGGCGGUGAUGGCGCUGCAGGAGGCGUGCGAGGCCUACCUGGUGGGGCUCUUCGAGGACACCAAUCUGUGCGCCAUCCACGCCAAGCGCGUCACCAUCAUGCCCAAGGACAUCCAGCUUGCUCGCCGUAUCCGUGGGGAACGCGCGUAAACUGACUUGCUCCGUUUUGGGCUUGCUAAUUUGCUUUUCCACUCAAAGGCUCUUUUCAGAGCCACUUCUUUUCUCACUGAAAGUGGCUGUAUAAAAAGCGUAAGGAGUCUAGUUUUAGAGCAGGCAAGAGAAUGGGAAGACCAGUGUAAAUUAGCAAGAUGUCUUUCAAGAACUGAGAUGUAAUUUCCCUUUGUAUGAAAAUUUGCAUGCAGUGUUACAUUUGCCAAGUAAGGAAACUUCAGUUAUAUUUUUAGUGAAUUUUUAAAGCAACUGUCUCAUCAGGUAACAGCAAGCCACUGCAAAGAGGUGGGUUAUCUAUCAAGUCUGCCUCUCUACUGAUUGGGUAACCCAGAUGUAAAGAAUUAAGCCCGUCAACAGAGAAGUUUGCCACCCAGUUGAAAUACUAUACACAGUAUGUACUUGCGUCUUUUUUAAAAAAACUACUUCAAAUGUAAACUUUGAGCAGAGUUUUAAUCUGUUUUGGUCUCAGCACAUAGAAGGGGCCUUGUACAGCAUCUUGGCUCUUUUUAAAGAGUCAACAGUCUAGAACUGUCCAUCCAGAUCCCCAGGAUGGGUAGAGAGGUUAAGUGAACUCAGGCAGUGUGGGUGUUUUGGGUUUCUUAACCAGAUACCUGAUUGUUUUUAACUGCAAAAAGAAAAACUGAAUUUGUUUAACACUUGCUCAAGUCUAUCAAGAGAAUGUACUGGUGUUCAGACUGGAGCAUUUUGGUUCUUGUGAGAAUUGCUUUGCUCACUGUCUAGCAGUUUACUUUCUGGUAACCCUAUAGAAUAAAACUAUUUUCCUUCACAUCCACUCCAAGAUUGUGAUACUGCAAAACUAGUAAAUCAGCCUUCUGAUUUUUGUUUGCCAGCUUCCAGGUACCUGGUUGUGCUGGCUGUGCCUGAGGAGCAAUGCACACGCCAUGCUAUCAAAAUCUGGUUGCUAAGCCCCACAGGCUGAUCCCUUGACCUUAAACUGGUGGCUUCACUAAGGUAAAAACUACCGUGGAUAAUUUUGGGUAGCAAUCCCACCCACCUGCCAAAAAUCCUUGGGGUUCUUUGGCUUGUAGAUGCACCUCCAACACAUGGUAACCUCUCUUUCCUUUUCUGAGUUCUAACUCCUACAUUCAAAUUUCCUUUGCUUAUAAGGACUUCAGACCUAUCGGAUUAAGGUCCACCCUGAUUCAAUUUGGCCUCAUCUAAAUAGGAUCUUUGACAGUCCUAUUUACAAAUGAAUUCACAUUCCCAAGACCAGGGAUUAAGAUCUGAGCAUGUCUUUGUCGGUAACAUGAUUCAAUCCAAUACACAAUUGUAUCCAAGUGCAGAGAGACAGCACUGGGCCAGUGAAUUCCAAAUCCCUGGUUGAGUAUAAAGACAGAAGGAAGAAAUAUGGAUAAGCCUCUGAUGGCUAUAGAACAAUAAAGAAAAAAGGUUAACAAAAAAAAAAAAAAAAAAAAAAA